UAAAAUAAUUCAGAUUUGGAACAUCAUCACAUUGCCAGUUUUGCUCUGAUUCUGCCUACGAUUGCUGGCUUCAAACGGACCAAUCAACGUUGUUGAAGGAAAGAAUUUUGAUCUGGGUUUCAAACAUUCCACCUUCUUCUCUUCUGUCGGCCCUACUCAGGUUGUGAAUUAACAGGUCAAUCAUCAUGUCAGAAACCCAAAGUAUGGCAAUCUCGGUGGUGGGCGUUGGGCGUAGCAGCAAUGGGUACAUAAAUGGAGCAAUUGCAUUAAGGUCCCCUAAUGUGGCAUCUGAAGUUGAUGCAUUUUGUAACGCCCUUGGUGGGAAAAGGCCAAUUCACAGUAUCUUAAUUGCAAACAAUGGAAUGGCAGCUGUUAAGUUUAUACGUAGCGUCCGAACGUGGGCUUACGAAACAUUUGGUACAGAGAAGGCAAUUUUGUUGGUCGCCAUGGCUACUCCAGAGGACAUGAGAAUCAAUGCAGAGCAUAUUAGAAUUGCUGAUCAGUUUGUUGAAGUUCCCGGUGGGACUAACAAUAAUAAUUAUGCUAAUGUUCAGCUCAUUGUAGAGAUGGCAGAGAUAACACAUGUUGAUGCAGUUUGGCCUGGUUGGGGUCAUGCAUCUGAAAACCCUGAAUUGCCAGAUGCACUGAAUGCAAAGGGAAUCAUAUUUCUUGGGCCACCUGCAACAUCAAUGGCAGCACUAGGAGAUAAAAUAGGCUCAUCGUUGAUCGCUCAAGCGGCAAAUGUGCCCACCCUCCCAUGGAGUGGAUCUCAUGUGAAAAUUGAUGCAGAAAGCUGUUUAGUUACUAUUCCAGAUGAUAUAUACCGGGAAGCAUGUGUUUAUACAACAGAAGAAGCAAUUGCUAGCUGUCAAGUUGUGGGUUAUCCUGCAAUGAUUAAGGCAUCUUGGGGUGGCGGUGGUAAAGGCAUAAGAAAGGUUCACAAUGAUGAUGAAGUCAGAGCGUUAUUUAAGCAAGUACAGGGUGAAGUUCCUGGUUCACCCAUAUUUAUCAUGAAGGUUGCGUCCCAGAGCCGGCAUCUGGAAGUCCAGUUGCUUUGCGAUCAGUAUGGUAAUGUUGCAGCUUUGCAUAGCCGUGAUUGCAGUGUCCAGAGGCGGCAUCAAAAGAUUAUUGAGGAAGGUCCAAUUACCAUUGCUCCCCUUGAGACGGUCAAAAAGCUAGAGCAGGCAGCUAGAAGAUUAGCCAAAUGUGUUGAUUAUGUUGGAGCCGCUACUGUUGAAUAUCUAUACAGUAUGGACACCGGGGAGUACUAUUUCCUAGAGCUCAACCCUCGGUUGCAGGUGGAGCACCCUGUCACUGAGUGGAUAGCUGAAAUAAAUCUGCCAGCAGCGCAGGUUGCAGUUGGGAUGGGUGUUCCUCUCUGGCAAAUUCCUGAAAUAAGGAGAUUUUAUGGAAAGGAAUAUGGUGGAGGGUAUGAUGCUUGGAGGAGAACAUCAGUUGUUGCUACCCCUUUUGAUUUUGACAAGGCAGAGUCCACAAAGCCAAAAGGUCAUUGUAUAGCUGUCCGUGUAACAAGUGAGGAUCCUGAUGAUGGUUUUAAGCCUACUAGUGGGAAAGUACAGGAGCUGAGUUUCAAAAGCAAGCCAAAUGUGUGGGCAUACUUUUCUGUCAAGUCUGGAGGAGGCAUUCAUGAAUUCUCAGAUUCUCAAUUUGGACAUGUGUUUGCAUUUGGAGAGUCCAGAGCGCUAGCUAUUGCAAACAUGGUCCUUGGCCUAAAGGAAAUUCACAUUCGGGGAGAAAUUCGUACCAACGUUGACUAUACAAUUGAUCUAUUACAUGCAUCUGAUUACAGGGACAAUAAAAUACAUACAGGCUGGUUGGACAGUAGAAUAGCGAUGCGAGUUAGAGCAGAAAGACCCCCUUGGUAUCUCUCUGUUGUUGGAGGGGCUCUUUAUAAAGCAUCUGCUAGCAGUGCAGCCAUGGUUUCAGAAUAUGUUGGUUAUCUUGAAAAAGGGCAAAUCCCCCCUAAGCAUAUAUCACUUGUUAACUCUCAGGUUUCUUUGAAUAUAGAAGGAAGCAAAUACAAAAUUGAUAUGGUAAGGGGAGGGCCAGGAAGCUAUAGAUUGAGGAUGAAUGAGUCAGAGGUUGAGGCAGAGAUACACACUCUUCGCGAUGGAGGUUUAUUGAUGCAGUUGGACGGAAAUAGUCAUGUUAUAUAUGCUGAGGAAGAAGCUGCUGGGACUCGUCUUCUGAUUGAUGGAAGGACUUGCUUGCUUCAGAAUGAUCAUGAUCCUUCUAAGUUAGUAGCGGAGACACCAUGCAAGUUACUACGGUAUUUGGUCUUGGAUGGUAGUCAUGUUGAUGCUGACACACCUUAUGCAGAGGUUGAGGUUAUGAAGAUGUGUAUGCCACUUCUUUCUCCUGCUUCUGGAGUUAUCCAAUUUAAAAUGUCCGAAGGUCAAGCAAUGCAGGCUGGUGAGCUUAUAGCAAGGCUUGAUCUAGAUGAUCCUUCAGCUGUAAGAAAAGCAGAACCUUUCCAUGGGAGCUUCCCUAUCUUGGGGCCUCCAACUGCAAUAUCUGGAAAAGUUCAUCAGAGGUGUGCUGCAAGUUUGAAUGCAGCUCGAAUGAUUCUUGCAGGAUAUGAGCAUAACAUUGAUGAAGUAGUGCAAAAUUUGCUUAGUUGUCUCGACAAUCCCGGGCUCCCAUUCCUUCAAUGGCAAGAGUGCUUGGCUGUUCUCGCAACCCGUCUUCCUAAAGAUCUUAGAAAUGAGUUGGAAUCAAAACAUAAAGAAUACGAGGGAAUCUCAAGCAUGCAGAAUGUAGACUUCCCUGCCAAAGUAUUUCGGGGUGUUCUCGAGGCUCAUCUUAGCAACUGCCCUGAUAAAGAAAAAGGAGCUCAAGAAAGGCUUGUUGAACCUUUAAUGAUUGUUGUCAAGUCUUAUGAGGGUGGAAGAGAGAGUCAUGCCCGUGUAAUUGUUCAGGCCCUUUUUGAAGAGUAUUUUUGUGUUGAAGAAUUAUUUAGUGACAACAUCCAGGCUGAUGUAAUUGAACGCCUUCGUCUUCAGUACAAGAAAGAUCUUUUGAAGGUUGUGGACAUUGUGCUUUCUCACCAGGGUAUUAAGAGUAAAAAUAAGCUGAUACUACGACUAAUGGAACAACUGGUGUACCCUAAUCCUGCUGCAUACAGGGAUAAACUAAUCCGAUUCUCUGCACUCAACCAUACAAAUUAUUCUGAGCUUGCACUAAAGGCAAGUCAGCUGCUAGAACAGACCAAACUGAGUGAACUUCGUUCCAGCAUUGCCAGAAGUCUUUCUGAAUUAGAAAUGUUCACUGAAGAUGGUGAAAAUAUGGAUACUCCAAAGAGAAAAAGUGCUAUUAAUGAACGGAUGGAAGACCUUGUGAGUGCUCCUUUGGCUGUUGAAGAUGCCCUUGUAGGUCUUUUUGAUCACAGUGAUCAUACUCUUCAAAGGCGUGUUGUGGAGACUUAUGUUCUUAGACUGUACCAGCCCUACCUUAUAAAGGGGAGUGUCAGGAUGCAAUGGCAAAGAUCGGGACUAAUUGCUUCUUGGGAGUUCUUGGAAGAGCAUAUUGAGAGCAAGAAUGGAUCUGAAGAUCAAAUGACAGACAAGCCAUUAGUUGAAAAACAUGCUGAAAGGAAAUGGGGAGCCAUGGUCAUCAUCAAGUCUCUUCAGUUUUUGCCAACAGUGAUAAGUGCUGCACUGAGGGAAACAACUCAUAAUAUUCAUAACACGAUACCAAAUGGAUCUGUUGAACCCUCUAACCAUGGUAAUAUGAUGCAUAUUGCAUUGGUGGGCAUCAACAACCAGAUGAGUUUGCUUCAGGACAGUGGCGAUGAAGAUCAGGCUCAAGAGAGAAUUAACAAGUUAGCCAAGAUACUCAGAGAGAAAGAAGUAGGGUCCAGUCUUCGAAAUGCAGGUGUUGGGGUUAUUAGUUGUAUCAUACAGAGAGAUGAAGGGAGGGCCCCUAUGAGACACUCCUUCCAUUGGUCAGUAGAAAAUCUCCACUAUGCAGAAGAGCCUCUAUUGCGUCACCUGGAACCUCCUCUAUCCAUAUACCUUGAAUUGGACAAGCUCAAAGGCUAUGCUAAUAUACAGUAUACUCCCUCACGGGACCGUCAGUGGCACCUGUACACCGUUGUAGACAAGUCAUCAAUAAUCCAAAGGAUGUUUCUCAGAACGCUUGUAAGGCAGCCUACUGCAAAUGAAGGGCUAAUGGUGCAUCAAGGACUGGAAACUGGAACUAGCAAAACCCAGUGGGCUAUGUCUUUUACUUCAAGAAGCAUUUUGAGGUCCUUAAUCACUGCAAUGGAGGAACUGGAGCUUCAUGUUCAUAAUGCUACUAUCAAAUCUGACCAUGCUCAUAUGUAUCUUUAUAUCUUAAGGGAGCAACAAAUCGAAGAUCUUGUGCCUUACCCCAAGAGAGUUGACAUAGAUGCUGGGCAAGAAGAAGCUGCUGUUGAGAUUAUCUUGGAAGAGCUUGCAUGUGAAAUCCAUGCAUCCAUUGGUGUAAAAAUGCAUCGCUUAGGUGUUUGUGAGUGGGAAGUGAAGCUUUGUGUGGCAUCUGCUGGUCGGGCCAGUGGUGCUUGGAGAGUCGUCGUAGUAAAUGUGACUGGUCACACCUGCAUUGUGCAUACAUACCGCGAACUGGAGCAUACCGACGAACACAGAGUGGUCUACCAUUCAACCUCUGCACCAGGCCCUCUGCAUGGUGUACCUGUGAAUGCACAGUAUCAGCCAUUGGGAGUUAUUGAUCGAAAACGUCUUUUGGCCAGGAAAAGCAACACAACUUACUGCUAUGAUUUCCCACUGGCAUUUGAGACGGCCUUGGAAAUGUCCUGGGCAUCCCAGUUCCCUGGUAUUAGCAAAGCCAAGGGUAAAAUUCUCAAAGUCACGGAACUCAUUUUUGCUGACAAAAAAGGUUCCUGGGGUACUCCUCUUGUUUCUGUUGAGCGCCGACCUGGGCUCAAUGACAUUGGCAUGGUAGCCUGGUGCAUGGAAAUGUCUACACCUGAAUUCCCUUCUGGAAGGACAAUUCUGAUAGUAGCAAAUGACGUGACAUUCAAAGCUGGAUCUUUCGGUCCAAAAGAGGACGCAUUUUUCCUUGCAGUGACCAAUCUUGCAUGCAGUAAGAAAGUGCCUCUAAUUUACUUGGCAGCUAACUCAGGGGCUCGAAUUGGGGUAUCUGAUGAAGUAAAAGCUUGCUUUAAAGUUGGUUGGUUCGAUGAAUCAAGUCCCGAGCGUGGUUUUCAGUAUGUAUAUCUGACUCCUGAGGAUCAUACCCGCAUUGAAUCAUCCGUGAUAGCGCAUGAAUUAAAGCUGUCAAGUGGAGAAACCCGAUGGGUAAUAGAUACUAUUAUAGGAAAGGAGGAUGGAUUGGGGGUUGAGAACUUAACUGGGAGUGGAGCCAUUGCUGGUGCAUAUUCAAGGGCAUACAAGGAGACUUUUACAUUAACUUAUGUGACAGGAAGGACUGUUGGCAUAGGUGCUUAUCUUGCUCGGCUUGGGAUGCGGUGCAUACAGAGGCUUGAUCAGCCUAUUAUUCUGACUGGUUUCUCUGCGUUAAACAAACUCCUGGGCCGGGAGGUGUAUAGCUCUCACAUGCAACUUGGUGGACCUAAAAUUAUGGCAACCAAUGGUGUUGUUCAUCUGACUGUCUCAGAUGAUCUUGAAGGGGUAUCAGCUAUCCUAAAUUGGUUAAGCUAUGUUCCACCCUACGUCGGCGGUCCACUUCCUGUUUUGACUUCCUUGGAUCCUCCAGAAAGAGAUGUUGACUACUUCCCUGAAAAUGCAUGUGAUCCCCGUGGGGCUAUCUGUGGUGUUGUGGAUGGUAGUGGGAAGUGGCUGGGGGGCAUGUUUGAUAGGAAUAGCUUUGUUGAGACACUGGAAGGCUGGGCGAGGACAGUUGUGACAGGAAGGGCGAAGCUUGGAGGAAUCCCUGUUGGGAUAGUUGCUGUUGAGACUCAAACCAUGAUGCAAGUUAUCCCUGCAGAUCCUGGGCAACUUGAUUCCCAUGAAAGGGUUGUUCCUCAAGCUGGGCAAGUAUGGUUUCCCGAUUCUGCAACUAAGACAGCUCAGGCACUGAUGGAUUUCAACAGGGAAGAGAUCCCACUUUUCAUUCUUGCUAACUGGAGAGGCUUUUCAGGUGGACAGAGGGACCUUUUCGAAGGGAUUCUUCAGGCUGGGUCGACCAUUGUUGAGAACCUUAGAUCAUACAAACAGCCUGUUUUUGUAUACAUCCCCAUGAUGGGAGAGCUCCGCGGUGGGGCAUGGGUUGUUGUGGAUAGUAGGAUCAAUUCAGAUCAUAUUGAAAUGUACGCAGAGCGGACAGCUAAAGGAAAUGUCCUUGAGCCAGAAGGGAUGAUUGAGAUCAAGUUCAGAACAAAGGAGCUGCUGGAGUGCAUGAGUAGGCUUGACCAACAGCUUAUCAAUCUGAAAACAGAACUUCAGGAAGCCAGGAGAACCAGUACCCAUGCAACUGUUGAAUCUCUACAGCAACAGAUAAAAACACGGGAGAAACAGCUUUUGCCUGUGUACACUCAGAUAGCUACAAAAUUUGCAGAACUGCAUGAUACUUCCCUAAGGAUGGCUGCAAAAGGAGUAAUAAGAGAAGUUGUGGACUGGAGGAACUCCCGGUCUUUCUUCCACAAAAGAUUACGCCGGAGAAUCACCGAGGGGUCAUUGAUCAAGACUGUGAGAGAUGCUGCUGGUGAUCAGCUGUCAUACAAAUCUGCAAUGGAAAUUAUGAGGAAGUGGUUUUUGGAUUCCAAGAUCGCAGGAGGCAGAGAAGAUGCUUGGUUGGAUGAUGAAGCUUUCUUCACUUGGAAGGAUGAUCCAGUGAACUAUGAUGAAAACCUACACGAGUUGCGUGUACAGAAAGUAUUGCUUCAGCUAUCAAAUCUUGGUGAUUCAACAUUAGACCUACGAGCUCUACCUGAUGGUCUUGCUGCCCUUAUACGCAAGGUGGAGCCAACAUGCCGAGAGCAAUUGAUUGGUGAACUUCGAAAGGUGCUCAAUUGAUUAGCUUGGGUCAUAGUUCACUGGGCAAGUAUAGUUCCACGAUUAGCUCCUUUCACUGAUUGGGUCAUAGUUCCAUCUUGAUGAUCUUUGCUUGGGUCAAGGCUUUGCACCCCACCCCCACCCAUAAUGAUCUUUUCUGGCAAAAGAUGGAAGUUCAUGUGCAGCAUCAAGGAACUGGAGGAGCUCUUCUGCUGGGUUUUAUUGUUCUACAAAGGUGUAAAUAUUGGUAAUAUGUGAUCUAUUAUGUAGGAUUAGUCUUUGAUUGGUUGGUGGUUAAAAAGGAUGAUCCUAGAAGUCAAUAGGUUCUAAAUUUCACUUUCUAUUAUUAUUAUUAUUUUUUGGUUGGUGGAGAAUUUUAUAAGAGUGCCAUAUCUUUCCAACUGAUCAAGUAAUUUUAAGUGUGUUUGAUAACUCAAUCUGAAUAUUAUUGUAUACGAUAAAUAAAAUAAAAUUUUAAGUGGCAUGA